AUGGCCACGAGCAUACGCGAUAAAUAUAGUGGUGUAUGCAUUCAAGCUGUUGUCGACGAGAAAUAUAUGAUGCCCAUUCGUGGCUAUGAGAAUAUGCCACUUGUUUCACUUGAAGAAGCUGUCCAACCACUUGUUCCUAUUCUACAAGAUGUUCAGCAAAUGGUUUAUAUUGUCAAGCAAAAAUGUAAGAAUCCAUCUGAUGGUUUGACACCAGAUGAAUCAGCUUCCAUUAUGCUUUACACGAUGGAGUGGACGCCACAUGAUGAUAGCUUAUAUUUUGCUUUAAAUAAUACACUACGAUCAGAAGAUGGACAACAAAAACUGGAACCUUGGCAUCUUUAUUUAAGACUUUUUCUCAAUGCCCUCUUUCGUCUUCCGCCACAUCGUACUACUGCAUAUAGAGGUGUUAAGUUGGAUCUGAGUGAGCAAUAUAUCAAAGGAAAAACAUUUGUCUGGUGGGGUUUCUCAUCUUGUACAACAUCUUCUAAUGUUCUACAAUCGGACGGGUUUGUCGGAACAACUGGUACAAGAACAGUGUUUGUCAUAAAAUGUGAAUCAGCUAGAAAUAUUCACAAACAUUCGUUUUAUCCAUCUGAUGAUGAAAUACUUCUGAUGGCUGCAACUCAAUGCAAAGUAACGAGCUAUAUUAAACAAGGUGAUCUACAUACCAUUCACUUGGAAGAAAUUUCCUCAUCAUUUCCACUUUUACAAUUAGUGCCAACAUCUACUCCAUCGCCGAUCAAGCCAAUAUCGGCAGGUAAGUGA